CAGGAGCAGGAAGGACCUGCUGCCUAUGCGGGGUCCGGGUGAGGUCAGGCAGGUGUCUGGAAACAAAGCCCAGGGAAAACCCCUGGAGCAAUCGCGGGGCUCCCCAUGACCCCUCUUUGCCCACGCUCCAGGGCCGUUCCUGCCCCGCCCCGGGGCGGCCCCGGCCGGGGCUCGGGCAGCGCGGGCGGGGGCGGCCCCGGUGCGGCCCCGGGACUGCGCCGCGCCCUUCCCGGGAGAGGCUGAUCCACACCUGAUCCACACUGCCGGGGAGAGGCUGAUCUACACCUGGUCCACACUGCCGGGAAAAAGCUGAUCCACACAGCCGGGGAGAAGCUGAUCUACACCUGAUCCACACUGCCGGGGAAAGGCUGAUCCACACAGCCGGGGAGAAGCUGAUCUACACAUGAUCCGGACAGCCAGGGAAAGGUUGUCCCACAUCUGAUCCGCACAGCCCAAGGAAAGGCUGUCCCAGCACCUGAUCUCUCCGGAUCCCGCCGCACAGCCAGGGAAAGGCUGUUCCACUCCUGAUCCGCACAGCCGGGGAAAGGCUGUCCUGCCGGGGCAGAUCCCGGCCAUGAUCGCGGUUUUGGUGGUGCUGUGUCAGCUGCCUGUGACGGUGCUCGCGUUUCCUCACUGCCCUGGCAGAUUAAAGAACUUGGAGCAACCGGAAUGGAAAGAUGUGUUCACAUCUGCAAGGGAGGCCAAUUUAUUCAUUGGACGACGUCUUCUGAACAACAGAUUUGAUUUUGAAGCAUUCACAGCUGAUAACCUGGAAAGGGAAUGCAAUGAAGAACUCUGCAAUUAUGAAGAAGCAAGAGAAAUUUUUGAAGACCCUGAUAAAACGAUGGAUUUUUGGAAAGAAUAUUCAACUAAAGGCCCUAAAAUAAAAUUAGGUGAUGAGGCACUGCAGAAGAUUAAUGUCACAGGACUGCUCAUCAGCCUGGUUGCUGCUGGAGUGCUGUUGGUUAUAAUUGCACUGAUUAUCUUCUACUGCUGCAAGAGCAGAUGCAAAUCAAGGCAACCACCAGGGUACAUGGGUUAUGUGAGGAGCAGAAGACGGAAUUCAGCCAACAUCUUCAGGAGGCACGAGGAGUUCUCCUUGAACCCCCUUCCCGACGACUCCGAGCUGCCCACCUAUGAGCAGGCAGUGACCUCUGAUGGCCAGCACGCCGUGCCCCCACCCCCUUACCCAGGGCCCCCCAGGCACCCUCGGCUCUUUAGAAAGUCCAUGUCCCUCCCUGGCCCCUAGGCACAAACCUGCUGCUGGGCUCAGGGGGGGUUGCUGGAACAUAACAUGCUUUUGAAAAAAGUGUGUGCUUACCUUGCAUAUUGCAAGAUGAUUUACAGAAAUGUGAAAGAUCUUCUGGACAACGAGGGAGGAGUGAAGUUCCCAUGUGGGGAAAGAGGUCACCUGGCACAAAGGCUGCAGGACUGUUCUUUGCACAAAGGCACUGUGCCAAGAGGAGAGAAUGCAGAAAGUCUUAUACUGCUGCCCUCUUCCAUAUGAGCCAUCCCAUCAAACUAUUGAUUCUUCAUUAAUAGUUUCAUCUUCUUUUUCUUCAGAAAGAACAGUAUUUUAAUUGCUCAUAUUGACACUAGCUAUUUUUUGUGACUUAAUAUUUUAAACCACCAUAAGAAGUCUAGUUUGUUGUUUGACAUAUUCCCUUCUUUGCUGGGCGCAUUUUCUAUUCAUUCUUGUAAUAGACUUGAGUGCAAAAAUUAUUUCAUGGCUUGAUCUGUCAAAUAUACAUAUAUAUAUAUAAUAUAUAUAUAUAUAUAUAGUACUGCUAGUGGAUUACACUGGUUUGGUUUAGAUAUUGCUGGUCACACAACUUAAUUGCUUGUAUUUUUAUGAUGAUAAUUUUGCAUCAAAAGGAAGCAUUCAUUAUGUGGCACACUACCAAUUCAGGCAAAGUACACUUGCAUCAAAUUGUUUUGAUGUUGAACAGUAAAUACCAGGUCAAAGAGAGGAAAUAGAAUACUGUGGACCAGUGAAUGUUGAGCAAAAAGCCAGAGAUUUGUCCCUUUUUAAAAAGCUACCCAGGUUUCACAGCUAAUGUUUCUUUCAUACUUUAAAGGCUGAAAUGUAGAGAGAAACAUUUAACUUUCAAACCAAAGCCCAAUCUACCUCCUUGAAGCACCUUAGUAAGUGUGUCUUGCACUACAGGGAUGGCAAAAUGAUACCUUUAAGUAGAAAGAAACAUCAUAUUAGAUCAAAAAUCUAAGAGGCAAGAACUCCUGGGAGUUAUUGGUUCUCUGUGUCAAGACAGUUUCUGUAUCUACAGCUGUAGCCACCGUGAAUUUUACAUCUUAUUAAAAUAUCAACCCCCAGCAUUA